AUGGAGACCUUGCCACUCUUCCAGGUGGAUGCCUUCACGGAUACCGCAUUCAAGGGCAACUCUGCUGCGGUGGUCUUGCUCCCGGAGGAGGACGUGCCCUCGGAUGCCGCCCUGCAAAGCAUCGCAAUGGAGAAUAAUCUGUCUGAGACAGCCUACAUCAGACCCAUCCCUCCCAGCAGUGAUGUGACCACUGGGGACAACUUUGACCUCAGGUGGUUCACCCCCACCACCGAAGUCAAGCUGUGCGGGCACGCCACUCUCGCCUCUGCUGCUGCUCUCUGGAAAUGCCUGGGCAACACAGCCCCCAGGCUGCGCUUCCAGACGCUCAGCGGCGAGCUGUCAGUCGUGCAGGGACCCAGUGGUCGCAUCUCCAUGGACUUUCCCCUGAAUCGUGCCGUGGCAGACGUCCCCCUGGGCACGGCCGCCGGCUCACGGCUGGUGAGGGCCGUGGCCGGAACCAUCCCGGUGAGGGAGGUGCUGCACAACCCUGACAUCAACAACUUGCUGAUCGUGCUGGAGGGGGGUCGGGAGGAGCUGCUGAGCAUCAGACCCAGGCCUGGCGAGCUGCUGGACGCCCAUCCGGAGAAGCUCCUCGUGAUUGUCACGGCAAAGGGGGAGGGGGAGCACGACUUCUUCUACCGCUUCUUUGCGCCCUGGGCCGGCAUCGACGAGGAUCCGGUGACCGGGUCGGCCUGCACGGUGGCCGCGCCCUACUGGGCUGCUCGGCUGGGCAAGACGGAGCUCAGGGCCCGUCAGCUGUCCCAGCGCACAGGCGAGCUGUACGUGGGCGUGCGGGAGGAUGCGGGCCGCGUCAUUGUGGCGGGGGAUGCUGUGGUGGUCAUCUCCGGACAGCUGCACCUGCAAUGA